AUGGGCUCCCCCACUCCAGAGCGUGAUGAUCUCACCACUGAGCCAGUCACUUCGCGAACUCUUUCUUUGGAAGAGUUGAACCUGUUCAACACGCUGGCCUUGAAUGCUGGGUUGGACCCAGUCCAUCGACAGCGCGCGCAACAACACGCUGAGGCAAGUUGUUUUAAUUGCGUUUACGGCAGUAUACCUCAACACAUCGCCCUGGCUGUAGUCCACGCCAAAACUCAGCUCGAAGUGUCCAGCUUGGCUCAAAAGAUGGACACCAUCACUGAGAAGCUUGACCAGCUCCUCAGUACGGUCGCGGCCCAACAAGGAGCCGCGCCUCAAGGCAACGCACCCAUCGCUCCUGCGACGGUUGCGUGGGCUUGCUCUCCAGCACUCCACGAUUUGAUCCAUUCCCUAGCGAAUAGGCUCAUCCUAAGCCCUAACGUUCAAUCUUAUACGGCUGUUGAGAUGGACAAUGUUUGGCUGUCUCAAUCGCUCUUCAGCUCGAUCAAAGUGAGUGAAACUUCUACACCAAAUGUGAUUCUUCUUGCUCAAUUCGAGAUGCAACCAGCUGAAUGGUUGGAAGAGCACCUCCCACACCACGACCACGGUAUUCAAGAUGUGGUCGGCACCCGUGUUUACAACACAUGCAUCCGAAACGCGUGCAAGCAUGCACGCGAAAAACUACACAAUCUGCUUUUGGUCGGAAUUUAUGACGUCAAAACUGGCGAAGUCCUUGACGUGCCUGUGCCCAACCUUAAGUCGCUCUGGUACAGAUUGACAGUUACGCACAUACAGAUUGCACACCGGUUUUCGAUCGCUGGGCAGCAUGCCGAUGCAAACUCCUUAUGGGCCAAUACUGAUUCGCCCACAUGGGCCCGAAUGGCCUACCUCCGUUGCGAGGCAGUUCGAAUUUACCAGAUUGGCAGAGGGUCAAGCUCAAUUUGGGCGUGCGCUGACACCCUACUGAACAAGUUGCGCCUCAAGGGCGAUGACUACACUGCCGCGUUUUUGAAAGUGGUAUACAAUCAAGACGCUGAAGCCUUCAACUUCAUGAACUUCUUCCAAGACCUCACAGUACAAUGCAAUUUCAAGUUGCCAUCUGAUGAAGAGGUCGAAGCUGCCAUUGAACCGAUGGAGUAA